AUGGUAAACGUCGCAGUAGCCGGCGGCACUGGCGGCGUCGGUCAAACGAUCGUCGAGGUCCUCGGAUCCUCUCACCAUCAAGCAUUCGUGCUUUCGCGGAAGCCAUCAAAGGAGACCCAGACAGUUACAGUCGACUACAGCGACAUUUGCAGCCUCAUCACCGUUCUCGAAAUGCACAAGAUCCACACCGUUAUCUCCGCCUUCUCUGUGGAAGGCGACUCGCUCGCAAAAUCACAGAAGAAUUUGAUUGAAGCUGCUAUACGCUCGAAGGAGACGAAGCGCUUUGUCCCGAGUGGAUAUGCCAUCCCAUAUCCGCGGACAGCGCUACAAGUCCUCCCCCAGUUAAAGGACUACUUCGCCGCAAUUGAGACCCUCGAGGCGUCUAAUCUAGAAUGGACGGUUUUCCACAACGGGAUCUUCCUCGACUAUUUCGGUGGGCCGUCUAUGAAAUCGUAUCUGAAACCCAAUGUGUUCGUGAUUGAUAUCGCAAAUAGGAUUGCUGCAAUUCCGGGGACGGGAAAUGUGCCCGUGGCAUUUACCUACACGUUUGAUCUUGCUCGAUUUGUCGUUGCCGCGCUGGAUCUGGAGAAGUGGGAGGAGGAAAGUCGCGUUGUUGGUGAUGCGGUUACCUGGCACGAAUUUGUGAAGUUGGCGGAGGAAACUACUGGAUCUAAGUUUGAGACCCACUACGACUCUAUCGAGAAAUUGAAGCAGUUCGAGAUCACUGAGUUGCCCAACCACGUUGCGCUAUACGAUCACUUCCCUAAGAAGGCCUUUCAGUGGUUCAUGUCUAUCUUUGAGCUGUUUACCGCCAAUGGAAGCUCUCAAAUCUGCCAAGCAGGGUCAUUGAAUGAGAGAUUUCCGGAGAUUAAGCCGCUGACGGUGAAGGGGAUGCUGGAAAGGUAUUGGAAGGCCUAG